GCGGAGAGCGAGGGCGCCAGGCCGGCAAGGCCGCUAGGCAGUGUUCGAGGUGCUUCUCCGGCUCGCGGAGGCGCUGGCAGGCCUGGCGGGCGCUCCGGCACCGACAUGCACAGCGCGCGGCUGGACGGCUUCCUGAGCCAGCUCCGCUGGGAAAUGUUGUGUAGCCGGAACACAGGCUCAUCCCCAUUGCCUGGCCCCCUGCAAUCACCCCCCAAAACUGACCCAGGUGUGCAGGCAAGCCACCAGCUCGGGGCCUCAGAUGCCCUGGAACAAGACUCUGUCUGCUGUGUGGAGGAAGAGGAAGAGGAAGCCUUGGCAAUAGAAGACAGGGGUACAGCCUUGAGGGGUCACAGGGAACACAGUCUAGAUUGGGACUCAGGCUUCUCAGAGGUGUCAGGCAGCACAUGGCGAGAAGAAGAGUUGCCUAUACCUCAGCAUCUAGCGUACCAGGGGCGGCCCCGUCAGAGUCAGCGGCUCUCAGUCAGUGGUCUCCCACUGUCCAGCAUGGCCUCUGUAAGCAGCACUCCGCCUGCACAGCGUCCACGGCCCAAGUCCACACCAGAUGCCUGCUUGGAGCAUUGGCAAGGACUGGAAACAGAGGACUGGACAGCAGCUCUACUAAACAGGGGUCGCAGCCGUCAGCCUCUGGUGCUAGGGGACAACUGCUUCGCUGACUUAGUUCAAAACUGGAUGGAGCUGCCUGAGGCAGCAGGUGAGGGGAGCGAUGGAGGUGCACCCCGUGCUCGUCCUCGGCCCCCCCAGUUCUUGCUUGGCCUCUCUGAACAGCUGCGGCGCCAGCUGGCAAGGGCUCGGCGAGCAGCUAUGGCAGGAAAGCGGCUCUCAUGCCCACCUCGAUCAGAUCCUGAACUGCCUGCAGACGUCUCACGAUUUGCAGCCCUCAUGAACUGCCGCAGCCGCCAACCCAUCAUCUGCAAUGAUGUCAGCUACCUCUGACCCUGCCCUCCAGCCUGGGACAAUAAAAGCCUUUUUCUACA